UGUUUUUACUGAAACUUAUCCAGAAUUAGAUUUAUUAAAUACUAGUAUUUUAGCUAUACAAAAUAUCUAUCAGUCUACAUAUUCAAGGGAUAUUGAAGAAGAUAAAAUAAAUUUAAUAGAAGAAGAAAAAAAAUUAAUAUUUUAA